AUGCUUGUUCGCGUCGUUCGUCAAGAACGUGUGUUACGGAAGUACAGCACGACAGCAGAAGCGUCGACUUCAGGAAAUGCGAGAAGUAAGAAUAGUCCAGAUGAGCAGUUCAAGACGAAAAAAGAAAGAGUGCCUCGUUUUUACUGCAAAAUGCUGACAUCUAGUACUACAACCAGCAGUAGUAGUAGUACAAAUCCCUCUAGCACUUUGCAGCACGAAGAUGACGAUGCGCAGCAAUUGGAUCAUUUACAAGGCACUGUCCAUCUCAACCUACACGAAAAGCAACAAGUCUCGGUGAUCCCUCUAGACUCUGAAACCACUUUUCGAAGGCAGAUAGCAGCUUUACGUGCAGCUUGCUUCGACC